AUGACAGUUCCGGGAACAGGCGGGGUGCUCCCGUCUCUCGGGGGUGUGUGCGCCCGUGGCCAAUUGCUGGUGCCAAAUCCAAGCGGCUCUCUUGUUGUUUACACUGCUAGAGAUUCUGCUGAGUAUUCCCACCUAAGGAUAUCUGAGUUAAUCAGGAGAAGACCGAAAGCAAAGGCACCACUCCCACCAACUGACACUAAAAAUGUCGAAGUCUCUUCAGCUGAGGAUUCUGUAGAGUCGGCUUCUUUCAUCAUGGAACAGAAAGAAAACAUGAUAGACCGAGACAUUGAACUCUCGGUGGUUCUUCCUGGGGAUGUUAUCAAAUCUGCUACUGUUCAUGGCAGUAAGCCUAUGAUGGACUUGUUGAUAUUCCUCUGUGCACAGUAUCACUUAAAUCCAUCAAGUUACACAAUUGAUCUGCUGUCAGCUGAAAAGAAUCCCAUUAAAUUUAAGCCAAACACACCGAUAGGAAUGUUGGAGGCAGAAAAGGUGGUUUUAAAGCCAAAAGUUUUGGAUAAGAAGAAACCUACACCUAUAAUACCAGAGAAAACUGUGAGAGUAGUCAUCAAUUUUAAAAAAACCCAGAAGGCAAUAGUGAGAGUGAACCCGCAUGCGCCGCUCCAGGAGCUCACCCCUAUCAUCUGUAGCAAGUGUGACUUUGAUCCAUCACACACACUGUUGCUCAAAGAUUACCAGUCUCAGGAGCCUCUCGACUUAACAAGAUCUCUCAAUGACCUGGGACUAAGAGAAUUAUAUGCCAUGGACAUCAGCAGAGCUGCUUCUGCUACUGCCUUCAAUAAAUCAUCUUUACAAGAGUCCUGCCAAAUACCACAAAACCUGGACUUCAUGAAGGAGAAGGAAAAUAAGGGGUUUUUCAGUUUUUUCCAACGCAGCAAGAAGAAGCGAGAGCAAACUGCAAGUGCCCCGGCCACCCCUCUGAUAAAUAAACACCGCCCAACUUUUGCAAGGUCCAACACCAUUUCCAAGCCAUACAUCUCAAACACGCUGCCUUCAGAGGCACCCAAGAAGAGGCGGGCUCCGUUGCCACCCAUGCCAGCAUCUCAGAGCGAGCCGCACGACCUGGCACGCAUCCAGGAGAGGCCAGCUUCCCGCAUGGUGAAGUCCACGAGUGUGGAUGAAAAUGAUAAGAGUCCUGGUGGAGCAGACAUCAUGAGGACAGGUUCACUCAGUAGUACAUCCACAGGGAAUUCAUCUUUGAAAAGGAUGAAACGAAAAGCACCUUCCCCUCCCUCCAAAAUUCCCUCUCAACAGAGUGUCGAGAAUAGCACUGUAACUGUCCCGCAAUCAGAGGAUGGAGUUCCUGCAGACAGUGCCUCAGAAGCCAGCUCCCCAGCAGCGCUGUCCAGCCCAGCCUCGCUGGGCCCCGCAUCCCCCCGCCAGGAGCAGUGCACCACACCCACACUGAUGGAGGAGCCCACCCUCUCUGAGGGCCCUGGAACACCUGAGGCAGCUGUGCCCUCGGUAGCAUCGUUGACCUCUGGAAUAAGCUCUGAUUAUAGCCUUGAAGAGAUAGAUGAAAAGGAAGAACUGAGAGAAGUGCCUAAAGAUGAAGCUGAAAAUAUUUCUCUGAAGUCACCAGAUAGUUCUGUUGUAUCUACUGAUGUAAUAAAUGCACUGAAAAAUGAUCCUGACUCAACCCCUGGCAAUGAGCGACAAGAGUCCUUGCAAAAUGACAAGGAAGAAAAACAAAAAACCGGAACCACUGAUGGACAAGAGUCACACACUAUUGUACAUGACACAAGCAAUGGAGGGAUAGCCAUGGACACUGUAACAAACUUGAAGUCACUGGGCCCAAAUCAAGAAAAUGUAGUUCCCAAUGGAGUGGCUGUCUUUGCAACAAAUAUAGAAGAUAAUAUUAAAAAAAGAGAAAACAGUGUGGGAAGUGUUGACAAAAGUAAAGAUGUAGACAUGGAAGUCAACAGACAACCAGACCAUCCAGGAUUUAAAAGUCACAGUGCUCUAAGUUCCAAGGAAAAUGACCUUGCAGCAUCCCCAGGUCAAAAGCCAAGUCAACCUACUGCAGAAAAGACAACAAUGCAAGAUGCAGCUAUUCAGACAGCCCCUUCUUGUAGCAACUUCACCGAGAAUCACCAAGAUCAAAAUUUGUCAACCUUCAAAGUCGAUGAAAUUGUACAAACUUCAAAUAGCAGAUCAACUCAGCACUUGGCCUUAAGUCCACACGAUUCUGCUGAUAUCUCAAAUGAAUUCAGGAAUCAGGAUACCCUAGCUAAACAUUCAGAAGGUGAACAAGCCAUGAAAGUUCCAGUUUCUGCACACAACAAUGAGGAUCAUUUGUUGCUCACAAACGAAAAUGUUAAAAGUUCACCAGCUUCCUCCCUAAAGAAUCCUCCACUCUACAGACAGGACUAUAAUCCCAAGCCAAAACCUUCAAAUGAAAUCACAAGAGAGUAUAUCCCCAAAAUUGGAAUGACUACUUAUAAAAUAGUACCUCCCAAAUCCCUGGAAAUAUCGAAAGAUUGGGAAUCAGAAACCAUUGGAUAUAAAGAUGAUCAAAAGCUACCUAAAUUAGACAAAAGACAUGUGAAUGAGAAUGUGAAAGAAACUGCCAUUCAAACAGAAGGCUUAGUUAUUUCUGAAGGCCCGAAGGCGCCACCUCCAGAUCUCAAACCAAAGCCAAGCUUGAAAGCAGAACAUCAGGUGCCCAGGGCUGUGAACUCCCCUGUUGGGGCCACAGCGAAUCCUCUGAAACCUCCCAGAAUGACUAGAGACUCUGGUCUUGCUCCUUUUGCACCAAAUUUGGAGGAUAUACACAAUAUUUUGGAGACAAAAUUUAAACCUCGGAUUUCAAAUCCCCAGGCCAAACCAAGUUCCUUUUUCUUGCAGAUGCAGAAGAGAGCUUCAGGUCAAUACGUGACUUCUGCAGCUGCCAAAAGUGUUCCUGCUACUCCUACCCCCACCCCCAAAGAACUAGCCAAUAAAGAGGUGGAAAGGGAUGCGCUGCCUCCUCCAGAGCCGGCUCUUUCUCCUUUAAGCAAUGCAACACUCUCUGCCCCACAGCCCCAGCUGAUAAAUCCCGAUGGUGACAUCAUCAGUCAGAAGCCUACUGAAACUUCCCUUCCUCCUCAUCCUCCUCCUGUGGCUCCAAAACCUGUGUCUCUUCCAGCUAGUCAGGCAGCAGCACUAAAUCUGAAGACUUUGAAAACUUUUGGUGCCCCCCGACCUUUCUCCAGUUCUGCUCCUUCGCCGUUUGCUCUCGCGGUAGUGAAAAGGUCCCAGUCCUUCAACAGGGAGCGUGCUGAGUCUUGCAGUGAUAAUGUGUCUGCCCCACCGCCAGCUGACUCCAGGGAAGGCGCAUUUUGUUCUGCAAAUAUAGUUGAGGAUACCGCACAACUUGAUGUGGUUGAUAAGGAAAAUAAAUCUGCCCAUAAUGAGCAAAAUUCCAAAGAACCAACUGCAGCUGACAGCCCAUCCUUCACCCUUAAGAGACAAAGCUCUUUGACGUUGCAAAGCUCUGACCCAGAACAGAUCCGACAGAGUUUGCUGACUGCGAUCCGUACUGGGGAGGCUGCGGCCAGGCUGAAGCGGGUUACUGUUCCAUCAAAUACGAUAUCUGUGAAUGGAAGGUCUGGACUUGGUCAGCCCAUGUCCCCUGACGCCCAGCACAGCUGUUAAGUGCCACUCUGUCGUACUACGCUUCGCUACUUCGGUUACACACACCAGCCACACGCCAACGGACAACAUUUGAAAAUGUAUAUUCAGAUGUACACUAAUAUAUUCUCUAUCAAAGUAGAUGCUUUGAUGCCAAAGGAAAUAUCAGAAUUUAUAAUUUAUAAUAAUUUUUUGGUCUUUUUUUGUCUUGAAUCGGAUAUGCUGCUUUGGAACUUUAAGACUUAUUCAAAUCAGAAGUAAUCACCUUUAUUGAUUUAUUUUACUUACAAACACAGUCUCUUAGACAAAAGGAUAAAUUAAGAUUCCUAGACAGAUAGUUGACGUAUAUGUUGCUAAGUAAACCGAGGUCUGACAUUUGUUGUCUCAAUGUUACAGUUUUAUUGAAAAACAUUUAUAAGUUAUAUUCAAGCCUAUCUUGUGUUGAAUAAAUCUAGAAAACUACUGAUAUCAAAUAAGUGUAUUCAGUUUGUAAUUAUUUUUAUGAUGAAUCAGUGUGCAAGACGUAGCUUAUGCAUUUUUAUUUAAUUAUAAAUCAGUGUCAAAUUUAUGGGAAAUUCAUAGUCUUUUAAUAUUUUAUUAACAUUGAAUAUUUUGUAAUCUUUAGAGCUUAAGUUGCACAAGAAUUGGAAAUAUUUUCUGUAUAUACUUAGAGCACUAUCAUUCCACAUACAGAUUUUCUGUGCCAGAAGCCUUAAAAACUUCCUGUGAAAAUGUGAAUUACUGUGACAGUCACUUCACAUUUGAUGUAUAGAGAGCAAUGGCGGUUGAUUUACAUGCACAUUGGAAAGUCUGAAAGAGUGUUUGGAAAUCCCAGGAUCAUAAAAUAGCCAUUAAUGUAGUUUAAAGAUCAUAGCAUGUAUUACAUGGAAGCUAACACUGUUAAGCAAACCCAGCACCCAGCUUGUUCUGUUCACUUGUAACGCUCCUGGCCGUAGAAUAUUCUGGUGUCCUGUUCCUAUACUGAGAAUGUUUCCUUGCUUACCUUUUCUGAGAACUUUAUUUACAUAAGCAAAAAUUAAAUUGUUUGCAAUAAACCUACUGAGAUAUCUGCCUCUUUAAUAAAAGAAAGU